AUUUCCCCUUCAUAAAAUAUCGUUUUAUUGUGGGGCUUGUUGCAAUAAUCUAGUUUAAGAGGGACUAAAUUGCAAAUUAACUCAUUGUUCGUUUCACACACCUACCACACCUCCGUUGACAUUUGCCUGAAAAGUCUUCACCGUAACCACUAACCAGUAUUUAACAGUUCACAUUUUUCUUUUUUUUUUUAAUUUACCGGCAUAAACAAAGUACAACAGAAGAACAGAGGCGGAGAAAUUGAAUCGGCGAAAAUGGUGGCUCGCAAAUUCGUCGUUCAUCACGGCGGCUCCGCCUUCGACCUCGACUACGACACCGACGACGGCUUCGAAGUGCUCAAAUUCCAGCUCUUCUCUCUAACCUCCGUCCCUCCCGAUCAACAAAAGAUAUUGGGAGCUGAUGAUAAUCGUGAAGUAUCUGAUGAGUCUGAUCUCGAAUCGAUUUCUGAUAAGCUACGGUUGGUGUCGAUUGAUGAGGGCGAAACAUCAAAAGAAAUGGACAAAUCUGCAGAUGAUUUUGUAAUAUCUGAUGAAGAAUUGGCGCGAAAACUGCAGGCAGAAGAAGACGCAUUAAUGAUGCAACAGUUUGUGAGUAGUGAAAACAGAGAGCAGGUUGAGCAGAGGAUUCGCCCUUAUGUUAGUCAAGUUUUGAUGUACGAAGAUCCACAUAGGCAGGAGGCAGCUCGAAAGACAGUACCUGUGGACAAGCUUGAGGAAAAAGCAAUGGUUUCAUUGGCUAGGGAGGGAAAUCUCAAACCAGCAAAAGAUGAAUUUGAUCACGCAUUCCUGUUGCAGCUGCUCUUCUGGUUUAAGCAAUCAUUCAGGUGGGUAAACGCACCUCCUUGUGACAGUUGCAAUAACGAGACAAUCAAUCAAGGUAUGGGAGUUGCAAAUCACUCAGAAUCACUUUAUGGAGCAUCUCGUGUUGAACUUUACCGCUGCAAGACAUGCUCUAGUGUUACCCGUUUUCCUAGAUACAAUGACCCACUGAAGCUUGUAGAAACAAGAAAGGGACGAUGUGGGGAGUGGGCCAAUUGCUUCACACUAUACUGUCGAGCUUUUGGUUACGAAUCUCGAUUGGUCUUAGAUUUCACCGAUCAUGUUUGGACGGAGUGCUUCUCACCAUAUUUGAGAAGAUGGAUGCAUCUUGAUCCUUGUGAAGGAAUAUACGACAAUCCACUACUGUAUGAGAAAGGCUGGAACAAGAAAUUGGACUACGUAAUUGCUUUAGCUAGAGAUGGAGUUUAUGAUGUGAUUAAGCGUUACACUAGGAAGUGGAAUGAGGUGUUGUCUAGACGAGUCAUAACUACCGAGCCAGCUCUGGCUAGUAUAAUAACUGAUAUAACAAGAGAACAACGUAAGAACUUCAACUCCGAGACGCUUUUAAAGCUUAGCGAGCGUGACAAGAGUGAAGCAGAAGAACUCGAGAGGAACUUGUUUUCGAAAGAUGAUGCUUCGAUCUCGCUCCCUGGAAGGCAAAGUGGGGAUAAGCAAUGGCGAAUAUCACGAUCAGAGUUUGGGUCUGACGAGCACUGCUCUUUGAGUUCCUCCUCUUGUCCAGUUCGCCAAUGUGUAGACGAGCACGUGACAAAAAUAUACAAUUCUUUUUCCCCUAUCGUUCAUCAAUUAGUGGAGCAAGGAUCUGAUAAAUCCACCGCAAAAGAACUUGUAGAGUUUUUCAAAAGGACUUUGGUUUCUCUAAGGAAUACUCCUUUCAAAACCAGGAGAACUGCAGUAAAUGCUGUGCCGACUGGUCCGUUGUUCAGUAAGAUGCUUCCCUCGUUCGGUCAAUUAUUCGAUGCCCUGUCGUUGAAGAGUGAGGUGGGUGUUAAUGGGGCUAUUUCUAUAUCUUUAGCUUCGGAUCCUGUAAAAACUUCUUUGGCACUGCCUGUAGUUUUUCACGCGCUCGAUGAUUUGAUCGUUAAUCUGAAUAGUUGUGAUAAGUUGAACAAAGAAACUAUAUCUUGGCCACUUCUGAAGUUAAACAGAAUAUGUUCGGGUUUUGUACUUGCAAGCGGUGAGGAGCUUCCGUUUGGAAUAGCUACAUCGGCAUUUGAUGGAACUCGUAUGUCAAAGUGGGAAGAACCAAAUGGUGCAACAGGCUGUUGGAUCAUUUAUAAGGUGGUUGAUAACGGCAUGCACGAGCUAGUUACUUAUGAAUUGAUGUCGGCAAAUGAUGCUCCCGAGAGAGAUCCAACGGACUGGAUCCUUGAAGGAAGCGGAGAUGGAGGCUCCAGCUGGCACAUUUUGGAUAAGCGGACCUCAGAGAAAUUCGACAAACGAUACCAGCGAAAAACAUAUCAAGUCAAAUCCCAGUCGUUCUUGGCAAAUGCCUUCAGGUUUAGGUUUCAAGCAGUUAGAGAUGUAAAAUCGACUUCACGGUUUCAAAUAGGUAGCAUCGACCUCUACAUGAAGGCAGAUGGUGUUCCUAGUACAAAAUAAAAUACUAAUCAAAUUCAAUUAAAUCAAAAGAACUGCACCCUUUUCAACUUACUGUUUUCUCAUAAAAAUCAAAAAAAUUCCAAGAAACUGACUUUUCCUGUAUCGGGUGCUUGUUCGGUUGUUAUCUGUAUUCUGCCUUGUGAUAUUGUAACAAAAUGCCAUUUUACGGUUCAUAACAAAAAAUACUUUAUCUCUCUA